CGCGCUUUUAGUUCCAAACACAAACAUUCGGAGGCGGCGGGUUCCAGACCGCCAUCUUGUUAGACUGCCAGCCUUUAUCCUGGAGAGCUGAGCGGCCGCUCGGGCACAGAGCAGGACAUUACUCUGACAGGAGGGAAGACUGGGCAGCCGGGUUAGGGCAUACCGAGGCUCUGGCGAAGACGGGUUUCCGGGUACCCUGGCACCAUGUCGGAGCCCGGAGAGGGAGGAGGGGGGCGGAAGGCCGGAGCUGGGCUGAGCAGAGCCAGGGGUGGCCGCAGGAGGGGGAGAAAGAACAAAGUGAGGGCCACCCCAUUCCCUACCCGACACCAUCAGCAUCACCAGACCCGAGCCGGGGAGCCGAACCGUGACAGUGCGCCACCAGGCUUGGGGACUGGGGACCCAGGCAGGACCACCCACUACCGACAGCUGCGGAGAGAGGUAUUAAAAACAAAGGUAGUAAAGUCUGACAAAAAGUUAAAACAAUCUGAUAAGAGUACCUCUUCCCACAGUCCUUCAACUCAGCGAUGUGAACAACGGAGCCUUCACAAACCGAAAGGCAAAUGCUAUAUUCAACACACAAAGUCAAAUUAUCAGAGAAAAACUGAAAAAUUUCAGCCAGAAUCCGAUAUCGCCAAUCAUUCAUUUCGAAGUUCAAAUAAGAAACCCUUAGCCAGUGCUGAAAAUGUCAGGAAUCUUAAAGCAAAAACUGAUUUCUUUCCCACAGGCCGAAUUGACAAGGAAAUAAAUUAUGCAGGAGCAAAAUUUAGUGAUCCUCCUUCCCCGAGUGUCCUUCCAAAACCCCCAAGUCACUGGAUGGGAAUGAAGGGUCAAGAGUCUGACCAGUGUAAGGAGCUCAUGACAUAUCAACUGAAAACCUUACUGAAAGUCCAGUUAUAAUCCUUCUACAAUCCACACGUUCACCUUAACUGAAUCUUGCAAAAACUCUGAACUUUCAUUUUUGUAAGAAAGUAAAUUUGAAUUUUACAUGUGUACAGAUGUCUAGUAUUAUAUUUUGUAUGGUUGUGUAAAUAGUGUACACAGUGUAAUAUGUGUAUAUCCAUGUUUAUACUCCAAGUAAAUUUUUAGUUUUGUUAUAAAACUAUGUAUUUUGACCUGACGAGCUGAGUUUUUUUAAAUGUAAAGUCAUAAUGCGAAUGUGCAGCAAGAUAAAAUGACUAUGAAAGACCUGCCUUUGAAAAUACUUGAGGUUUUUGUCAAUACCCAGAAAGGAAAUUGCUAUUCAGCUAUUACAGGGACCAAGAAUGAAUAAAAGACUACACUUUGUUUUUGAUCAGCUUUGCAGUGUUGCCAACGGAACUGCUAAAACUUGAUUUAAAAUUUAAAAAAAAAUAUUUCAGUAUCUCAUCCUACAAGUUUUUAUGGAACAGAACAGUCAAUUUUAAUGUAUCUGACUGCACUGUUUUUUUAGUUUCGUUUUCUGAGCAAAAUUAAAAUUGGACUGCGUAUUGGCAUUACAGUCUUCUUAAUUACUAAUAAAAUUGUGAAUUAAUUUUUUUUUUUUUUAAACUUGCCACUGAACCUAUGAUACUGAUAAUCUUCCCCAGUUACCAAUUGACUAUGUUAAAAUAAAUAUAAUUAAUUUGGCCUCCCCAA